AUGAUGAUGUCGGUCAUUUCUAUGGGACUGACGACCAUCACCUGGCUUGUGUUCGGCUUCACCUGGUCUUUCGAUGAGUGGGGUGCCGGGAAGGGCUUCACGUACGUCGGCUUCCGCAACCUCGACACAGUCUGGCCCGGCACGACCAUGCCAGGUCUGACCUUCGCGAUCUUCCAGAUGACCUUUGCCAUUAUUGCGGCGGCGAUCAUCUCCGGUGCCGUCGUCGAGCGCAUCCGAUUCUCGGCUUACGCCAUCUUCAUCGUCGCCUGGGUCCUAGCGGUGUAUGUGCCGCUGUGCCACUGGAUCUGGGGCGGCGGCUGGAUCGCCGAAAUGGGUGCCAAGGACUUUGCAGGAGGCACCGUGGUUCACAUCAGCUCUGGCACCUCCGCCUUUGCUUUGGCAUCCCUACUCGGCGAGCGAAGGCACAAAGACGAGAGCUUCCCCUCGAACUUGCCCUUCGUGAUCUUGGGCGGGGGCAUCCUCUGGCUCGGUUGGACCGGCUUCAACGGCGGCUCGGCCUUUGCGGCCAAUGCAGACUGCGGCCUCGCCAUCGCAACCACCUACAUCGCGGCGGCUGCCGCGAUGGUCAUGUGGAUCACGGUGGAGCGCAUCUUGGACGGAGCGCCCACCUCCGUGGGCGCGAUGUCGGGAGCCGUGGCAGGGCUU